AUGACCCUGACAAACGGAGCCUCAAAGCCCUACAAGGCCGCCAUCAUCCAAGAUUUCUCGACUAAUAAGCCUUGGGGCCAGAUGACGAUCGAUGCUACAGCGAACUUCAUCCGUCGCGGUAUUCCCCAUGCUCAAGUUGAUCACUAUCGGGCAGCUGAUGGCGAGACCCUGCCCCCAGCCAAAGACUACGACCUGUUCGUUUUGACGGGAGGAACCGUUAACCUGCUUGAGGAGGAGACGCCGGAAUGGGCAUUGCGCGUGCUUGAUUUGAUCCGCGAUGCUGGCGGGCUCCCUCGGACUAAGCUUAUUGCAUUUUGCUGGGGACACCAAGCAGUUCAUUAUGCCUUCGGCGGGGUCUUGGAUCUUCUUGAAGAGGGGCCUAGGAUUGCCGUUGAAGAGAUGAACCUGACACUGGAGGGCAAGAAGCUGUUCGGAAAAGAAACUCUGAAGUACCACAAGCGCUACAUAUCGCGACUCGCGCCAGACUUCACAGCGUUGGCAGAGCGAUGUGAGAUCUCAUGUAGCAAGGAGAAGGGCAUUCUUACUUUCCAAGGCCAUCCCGACCUCAGUCGCGAAAUCGUACGGGCUCUUAUUGAUACGGAUGAUGGAUUAUACAAGCCUUCCGAGACAACACAUCGCAGUCCUUGCGGCAAGCUGUUCAGCAGUGACACGGCUGACGAUGGGGAUGAGGUGUGGUACAAGAUCAUGGACUUCGUGUCCGCCUCAUAG